CUCUGUGUUCUGGUUCUGCAGCGUUGCUGGAGGGGCCGACAGGUCCGAAGAGAACACCCGGCCCGUCACAUCCACACCUCAGCCACAGGAGCAGGAAGCAGCCGAGAGCCAUGUGGACUCCGUGGAACCCCAGAUCCACAUGGAUGAAGUGGUGAAGAGUGACGGGCAGGAAGAAGAACGUCCUGUCAUCGACGUCCCUUUGGCCCCCGUUCUCACAGGGAACCACGAAUCUGGAGUCCAAACAAGCUCUGUUGGAGACAUCCAGCCCAUCAGCUCCUCGUCUGAACCGGGCAGCUCCAGCACCGACACGGACGACACGUCAGACGACGAGGCAGCGGGCGGCCAUCAGGACGCCGGGCGGCACACAGAGGCCAGGAGCAGCAAAGUGACCUGCAGGGUGUGCGGGAAGCUGUUCCGGCAGCUGGGCAUCUUGCUCAGCCACGUCUGGGAUCACGGCGACGAGCCUCAGAGCAUCUGUGGCGUCUGUGGAGAGCGGCUGGAGUCCGCGGAAACGCUGAAGGAACACGUCACGCGUCACACAAAGGGCUUCAGCCUCGGCCAUUUGGGGAAGGACCCGCUCUCCGGCGUCGCCAAGCGGCGGGCGGGGGAUCGGUUUAAAUGCAACACCUGCAGCAGAGCCUUCUCCACCACGGCAGCGCUACGCAGUCACAGCUGGGUCCACCAGGACAGGGCGCCCGUCCGCUGCCACUUCUGCCUGAAGUCGUUCGCUCUGAAGGCGGACUUCCUGGCUCACAGGAAGCUGCACGCCAGCUGCCGCGGCCACAGCUGCAGGCUGUGCGAGAAGGCGUACCUGUCCAAAGCCAUGCUGAAGGAGCACGAGAAGACCCACGACCACCAGCGGCGGACCCUCGGCGCCGACGCCUCCUCGCGGGCCUGCUGCUUGUGCAACGUCAGCUUCGAAUCCAACGAGGCGCUGAAGACCCACAUGAGCGGCCACUUUGGCGACGCUCUGUUCAAGUGCCACGAGUGCGGCAGCUGCUUCAGCCAGGGCGUCGACUUCAACCGGCACGUGAUGACGCAUUCAGCCGUCCGGCCGUGCGGCUCAGUGAGCGACGGGAAGGAGGUCCAGGUGAGGACCCGCGACGGAGAGGCGCCUCAGGAGGAACCACACUGCAGCUGGUCUGAGUGAAGCCUGGUGUUUUACGAAGCGUUGACACGGCAGGAGGAUCUUCCCCUUCAGACGAGCUUUAAGGCGCCUGAUUAUAUUGAGAUAUUCCUGCCAUAGGCGGUAUGCUAAGAGUGUGUUCUCUGUUGCUCUUGCCGUUUGACCAAACCUGUUAAAUCUACGAUUUAUCGUCAUCUGUGACGAUCUGAGGAGGGUCCGCACCUUUACUUCCCUGCCAGAUUAAUGAGACCGAGGUUCUAUGUUUUAACGUGUUUUUUUUGUUUGUUUUUUUUACUGUUUUAUGGCAUCAUUUCAUUUUUGCUUGUUUCUGCUGAUUGCUGCUUCACCCUUAAUGAAAACGAGCCACACCUGAGUAGACUGAACAACCAAUCAGGAAGCAGCAGGUUUUAAAAGGUGAGGUGGGGGGAGGAUAACAUCUCCUCCUCUAUCCUGGACCUGGUGGAGCUAGAUCAUAAAUCCAGAUGUCAAACAUUUGGUAUUUCUUAUAUAUUUUUAGCUUCAUGGAAGUUUUGUGUGGGUUUUAGUAGAGUUUUCGUUUACAUCCUGUUUGCUGUAAAAAAAAACCUCUCUUUUUCGGCUGCCGGUGUUUCCUGCUUCGUCUGAUUAAUUUUAAACAACCUUUUGUUUAAAAUAAAUCAGGAACCCAUCAGAAAUGGGUCAGAUUAAAGCAGCUAUUACCACCAACACCCUCAGAUAUUCCACUUUAAUAGUUUCUAGAGAUGUUUCGUGUUGUGCGACUUACUCAGGUUGUUACAGACGGCCUCUAAGGUUAAUUUCCUCCUGUCCAGUAAAAUGUUGUUGAGUUCGGUGAGUCUAGUUUCUCCGGGGAGGAACGUCAGAUUAUCUUAUUAUUUUUAACGUGAGUUUUUCCUCAUGUCUUUGUUUUGCGGACGCUCCAUAAAGUUACUGCGACCACAGAUUAGUUAUCGGUGAAGGAAAAAUCCACUUUCUAACUGCAGUAACUGGUUCCCAGAGGAAACGGACCAUGAUAACCAGUUCUGGUUCUUCACAUUGCAAAAAUAGAACUAGAAAUAAGUAAAAUU